CCGUCCGCCGGCAGCGGUGGUCGUCGCCGCCAUCUUGUGCCCGGGCGUUUCGCGCAGCCCUGCGGGCCGCCAUGGAGACAGAUGAUACAGGAAAUCGACUUCGGUUCCAGCUGGAGUUAGAGUUUGUUCAGUGUCUGGCAAAUCCAAAUUACCUCAACUUUCUUGCACAAAGAGGCUACUUCAAAGACAAAGCUUUUGUAAAUUAUCUUAAAUAUUUACUUUAUUGGAAAGAACCUGAAUAUGCAAAAUACCUGAAGUAUCCUCAAUGUUUGCAUAUGUUAGAGCUGCUCCAGUACGAACAUUUCCGCAAAGAACUGGUAAAUGCUCAGUGUGCUAAAUUUAUUGAUGAACAACAGAUUCUUCACUGGCAGCACUAUUCACGGAAAAGAAUGCGCCUCCAGCAAGCACUUGCAGAGCAGCAGCAACAAAACAACACCUCUGUAAAAUGAAGAACGCUUGGAAGAGUGAUGAUAAGGUGUACUUUGUGUCAGUUGAAGUAUUUACAAGAGAGGGAUGAACCCUUUUGUAGGUUUGGCUCUGGGUGCGUAUACAUUUAAUUUUUGAUUUAUCAAGUGACUGGGUUUUUCUUUCAUCAACUUCUUUAAAGAUACAAGACUGAUAAACACCUACUUCUGCAAUUUA